AUGAUCCUCCCCAUCCGCCCCGAUGACAAUCAACGACAACACGAUCCAGCCAUGGCCUGGCGAAGACAGCUCUUGCUGGACAUCGGCACGCCCGCUGGUGCCGCUCCCACCCCCGCCGCUACCGCUUCGGGCGCAGGAGGUGGCGGAGCGACAGCAGCAUCAGCCAUCACACCAUCCAUGGGCACCACCGCCCCGAAAGCCUCAACACCGAAUGUCAAGCCUAUGAACGCACCGCCUGGCGAGAUUCCCGUCGUGGCGUCCGAGUCCCCAGCGGCCGCCGACGCAUCAGAAGCACCGGGAACUAUCUACAUAACGACACGUCGGCCCUCGUCGAGCACUGUACCCAAGUCUACGUCUACCGGUAAAGCGGCCGCAGGCCAAGAUGACGGAAACAUCUUGAGUCGGGCAGUGGCGAAUUCAAACUUGUCAUGGUGGCAGCUCAUCUGUGUGGCUAUCGCGGGGCUACUGUGUAUUGGAGUAGGGGUAUGGGCGGUUUUCAGGCAGAGGCGGAAGAAGCGGGAAGAUGAGGAGAGGAGGAAAGAGGUCGAGGCGCUAGAAAAGGAGGAGAAGGCCGAGCUUGGCGCCAGUACUGCCGGGAAGGCCACCGAGGGUGACGUGGAUAAGGCCGCGACAGGGAUGGGGAAGGGCAGAAAGGGGGGCGGAGGCGAGAGUGCAGAGGAUAGUGAGUGGGAUAGCGAGGACGAUUAUGAUUCUUUUUCGGACGGUGGGACGAUCCGGCCCAGGAGAAGACCGAGACGGAGAGAAAGGGGGAGGUGGAAGCGCCGUCGAGGAAGGGAUAGGGAGAGGGACUAUUACUCUUCGGACGAGAGCGAUUUCUCGUAUCAUGGGGAGUCGCGUGCUCGGUCAUCCCGCCGGAAUCGAGAUCGAGAUCGAGAUCGACGACCCCGCUCUCCCUCGCCCUCGCCGUCACCAACACCUCGAGCCCGGGACGCUACGGGCAAAAGAAAGUCAUUCCGAGACAGCGUCUUUUCGACAUAUCAAAGUAUGAAAUCGGCGGCUGUGCGCUUAAAACAGGCCGAGAUGACUGAAAAGCUCAAAAAGCAAUUGGAGGAUGAGGAGCGGAUCGAAGCGAUUAGGCAGGCGAAAGUGAAAGAGGCGAAUCGGGAGAUUGAGAAGGAGGUGGCGUGGUUGGCGCUGGAGAAGGAACGGGAGUUGGAGAGGUUGAAGAGGGAGUUGGAAGAGGAGCGGAGGGGGAAAGGGAGGAUGGGGUCGGGAGAUAGUCAACAACUCCUCAUACCCCCCUCGAACCGCCCGCCCUCGUCCACUUCCUCCUCUUCUCGACACACUCCCGCUCGCCAAUCCUCCUACCCCCUCCCCACACCCCGGCGCCAAGGCUCCGCCAGCUCCCAGGGCGGACUGCAAAUCCCCCCACCAGCAAGAGUCCGCAUGCCCGCCCGAGGCAAGACGGUCGAUGCCGUUUGGCCCCCUCCUUCGUCUUCCACCUAUGGAGCGCACGAAGGGAAGGGCGAACUAGGGACGGAGAUACAUGGGCUGUUGGGCACGAAGCCGAAGCCUGUCCGGCAUGCCACUGGGAUCGGAGGACUACUGGGCGGUACUGGCGGAAGUAAGGGCGCAGAUGGGUCAGGAGGCGCCCAGCCUCAAAGCGUUCCCGUCAAGGCAACGAAAGAUCGGCCUACGAUCCCUAAAGGCGGUUUGGCGCCCGCACCGCCAGGCAAGAAGAAGACCGCCUCGCCAGUAGUGACAAAGGCAAGUGGCGGUGGGAUAACGCAUGGAUGGGGAAUGGUGGUCCCCGCUGUGGUGAGCAAGGAUCUGGGGAUAGAUCAUGGGUGGCCGACUGCGCGGCCUCCGAUAGGUGGGAAUGCGGGUUCUCUGAGGGGCACAGGGGGAAGGGUGGAUAGUGUUGCUAGUGGGUCGAUGGGGAGUGGAGGUGGAGGCGGUAAUAAAUGGACCGACAGGAUGAGGGCGAGGAAAUGA